UUUUGGCUCGAAGGCCCGUUACCUGGCUUGAGUUUCGGUAGUUCUCGUUCAAACUCGCUCUUGGAUGCCCUGAGCGCCGCGUCCUCCACACCCGGAGUCCCGGGCCCCUCGACCGCUACCGUCCCCGCCCGCGGGGAGCCCCGCCUAGUCGGGGGGAGCUCUGCUGCCGGGGCCGGACCUGAAUCUGUUCCGGGACUCUGGCCUCCUGGGAAGAAGGCCAGACUCAGGGACCAUGCCCUGCCCACCAGCCCUCCAAAGCUCCGCCUACUCUGAACAAGGAGACUAGAGCACUUUCUCAGCCCGUCUUGCUGCACUUUCUGCCAUGCUCCCCCCUACAGCCUAGAGAUCUGAUUGAAAGUACUCUCCUCCCUGCUGGGUGACUCACAGAGGAAAAUAAGAGGAAACAGUGCCCAGAAUCCAGCUAUCACGCCACCCACCCACCCACAGACAUUUAAAUAACCCUCCAGAUCCUCAGUCCCCUCAGCUCACCCUAGAAGAUUCCAGUUCCUCAUCAGAGUGCAUGCAUACAACGGGCAGAGAGCAAAGCUCGAGAACCACCCUGGCACUACUUGUCUCUGUGAUGCUGAAGACAUUCUCCUUCCUGUGUGUUACAGAGAAGAUUCAAAUUUCCAGAGUUUGUAAGCUUUGGAAGAUGCUAGCUGAACAUUCUGCACUAUGGAGAUGUGCACCUGACACCUUACAGGCUCUGCCUGCUCAGUGCUGGGACUGUCUGUGAGUGAAAACCCAAGAAAGACUGCUCGCAGCUGAGUUACUGACAAUGCAGCCAUUGGAAUCAGUGACGUUUGAAGAUGUAGCAAUCAGCUUCACCCAGGAAGAGUGGGCCCUGCUGGACACAUCCCAGAGAAAGCUGUUCAGAGAUGUGAUGCUGGAGAACAUCAGUCAUCUGGUCUCCGUGGGGUAUCAGCAUUGCAAAUCAGAUGUGAUUUUCCAGCUGGACCGAGGUGAAGAGCUGUGGAUUGAAGGAAGAGGAUUUUUCCAAAGCCACAGUCCAGGCAGGGAAAGUGCCCUUAAAGAAAUGUUAGCCACACAGCAUAUCAGCAGGAAAGACACAUCUACAGUCAUCCCACUGCAGGUAUCUCACACUCCAGAGGAUCCCUUCGAAUGUAAUGAUUUGGGGGAAAAUUUCACUCAUAGCUCCACACUGAGUCAACAUUUGUUAACUCACACGGAAAAGACACCCUAUAUCAACAAACAGUGUAAAAAAUCCCUUAGUGACCAAUCAUACCUUAAUCAACAUAAGCAGAUCCACACUAGAGGUAAAUCGUGUGAGUGCCAUCUGUGCGGGAAAGCCUUCAGUAAUUGCUCUAGCCUUAGAAGACACGAGAUGACUCACACUGGAGAGAAACCGUAUGAAUGCCAUAUCUGUGGGAAUGCCUUUAUUCAAAGCUCUGACCUUAGAAAACACAGUCUAACUCAUACUGGAGAGAAACCAUAUGAAUGUCAUCUCUGUGGAAAAGCCUUUAGUCAGUCCUCUAACCUCAGACAGCAUGAGAGGACACACACUGGAGAGCAGCCGUAUGAAUGUCAACUCUGUGGAAAAGCCUUCAGUAAAUGUUCUGCUCUUAGACGACAUGAGAGAACUCACACUGGAGAGAAACCGUAUGAGUGUCAUCUUUGUGGUAAAUCCUUCAGCCAGUGUUCUGCCCUUAGACGACAUGAGGGAACCCACAAUGGAGAGAAAAUUAUGAAUACCUUCAGUAAGUAUUCUGACCUCAGAUGACAUGGUAUUAUAAAUGUAACAAACGUGGACAAGACUUCAACUAUAGCUUUAACAUUUAAACACACCAGAGGACUCACAUCGAAGAAAACACUGUAAUCAAUGGGGAAGAUCCUUCAGUUAUCCUUAUUCAACUUGACGUAUGCAAAUUUAUAUGGAAGAGAGUCCAUAUGUGUGAUAUUUAUAUGGCAAAAUCUUCAGUCAGUGGUCUGACCAUAGAUGACAUGAGAGAACUCAUACUGUCAAUAAUAACAGCUCUAAAUUUUAAACACAUUAGGGGACUUGCACCAGGGAGAAUCCAGGUCUGCAAUCAAUGUGAAAAUGCUUUCAUUUAUAAUUCAUGGUUAAACAACGUGAGCAAACUCCAUUUGGGAGAGCCCCUAGGUCUAAUCACUGUGAACAAACAUUCAGCCAAGCACAGUCUUGAUGUGCACGAGAAAACUCAGUGAAGGAAUGAAUAACCACUACAACAGGAAGUAAGCGGAUGAAGGCUCUUAAGGAAUACCAAGUAAUUCAUCCAGGAGAAGUGAUUCAAUGUAAAAUCAUGAGAAAUCCUUUAUUCAUAGAGCCACACUUGUGGUACAUGUGUGGAUUCAGACUGUACAAAACAUGCUCAGUGUCAUGAAAGAAGGAUGACACUUCAGUGAUCUCUCAUUUCAUAAUCAGCGUUAAGGUUCUCACACUGAGGAAACAGCAAUCCUAAAAUCAAAGUGGCAAAAACUUCAUCUAGACUUCACAUUCAGAAAAACUAAGUUGAGGGGGUGAAAAACCCUUUAAAAGAGCCUUUAACAUACAAUUCAGCAAAUAAUUCAGAAUUUUGAGAGAACUAUUUAUGGAGAAAAGCCUGACAUAUAAAUGCAAACAGUAAAGUGAUCUGGGAAUACUGAAUGCAGAAUUUUGUAAGAAAUUAAAUUUUUCCAAUAGAUUAU